UCUCCCGUUGGUAGCAAGUCUCCUCCACUGGCCUUACCUCAGAUUUGCUCGGUAUUACAGCAUAUACUGAAGACAGCUUUAGACAACUAGCCUUCUGAAGGGAACAACUCCUGGACUCUUGGAGAUUCGGUUCAGAAGCAGCCAUUGUUGGAUUAGCCGGACCACAGCCUAGAGAAAGCCUUGCAGUUCAACCUGAGCAUGGAUUCAGAAACCUCCCAUCCAGACCCUUCUUGUCAAACACUGGACCCCCCUACUGGGCCACAGAGCACCGUUGAUGAAAGGACAUCAGAAUCAGAACCAAAUAAAAAUGAGCGGACCCCCAGUCAAUCAGACAGCAAUUCCAGUAACCACACUGAAGAAUCAACUCAGAAGGAAGCACCCAGGAAGAGGAAACACUCUUCCAGGGACUCCAGCCAGGUCAGGACAGGUAACGAGGGCAGCUCCCAUGGGAAAAAGAGACACAAGACUUCGGAAACAAAGGCUGAGCCAAGAGCCAAUGGACACCAAGAUGGAUUAUCCCAUCGCCCUCAGCACACAGACCCAUUACCAAUUCGGAAGAACCUGGUGAGCUUUCUGCGGGAGAAGUCUGAGGAGAUUUAUAGAGACACAGUCCAGAUGCAGGCCCAGCAGCAUGGUUCCCUGCUCAGCCCUGAGCAGCUCUCUCAGCUCAGCCAGCUCUCAGGUUCUCUGACUGCCGUGGUGCACACGUUCUACAGCAUGGCCACCCAAGCAGGCUUUGCCUUCCCUGCUGAGGGCUGGCUUAUCCCAGGCACCAUGCCUGCCCCUCAGGAGCUGUCUGGCAAGGAACCUCAGAGUCCUUUGGUGGAGGGAGGAGAGAAGACCACAGACUCUGCCAGCCCAUCAAGUCCUGACAAGACAAGUCCUGAGCCAAGACCAUGAGUCCCUCAGAGCAGAGUCACACUCUGGGACAAUAAAGGACCACUCCACCUCCCUGUCUCCACUGCCUGGGGCGCUCGCCCUCUCUGUGAGAACAUGUAGCAGGUGCAUCAGUGAAGAGUUUGAAGUGUUUACUCAGGAUCAUGAACUGUGUUUCACUGGGAUCUAGGACUCACAAUUGAGCCUUGCUUCCUUUGGAUAUUUUGCUCAAGUGUGUGUUGGACUUGUGUACUUAUAUUGUAGAAAGUUGCAAAUAAAUAUUGAUUUAACAGAAAAUUCUGUAGUUCUUCAGCCUUUUCAUUUAGUCUGAGAAGGGUGGGUGCCCAAAUAUCUUGGAGUAUAUUCCCUGUAGGUCAUAAUCAGCCUUCCCAUUGCCUGUGUCUCCUUCU